AUGAGCAAAUACCAACAGAAACCUUACACUGCAGAGGAGAAACGCAAAGCCAUAGAAACGUAUUCUGAGAAGAUACAGUACAGUCCGAGAUAUUCUAAUGAAGAAUGGGAAUAUAGACACGUUAUCAUCCCCAAACAACUGGUAAAGUACGUUCCUCCAGGUGUUUGUCCCGAAGAUGUAUGGAGAGGCUUGGGUAUCAGACAAUCGCCAGGGUGGGAAAUGUAUAUGAGACAUGAACCUCACGUCCUCCUCUUCCGUCGUCCAAAGGACUACGAUGCGGUGCACCAACCUUUCUCGCAAGUUAUGGGAGCUAGAGCGAUGAACGUCGUGGGUGGGAAGAAGUAA